ACUUUGAACCCGCCCUAGCAGACCCGGCCAAUCGAGCGCGGCUCUCUCGUGACUACGGUCUCCUAGUCGUGCUUUCCCAUGUGGGUUUCCCCGAGUGAGAGUCCGUCCGCUUUCUCCGGAGGCCGGGUAAGGAGCUGGAGGGAACAGUGGAAAAAUUCUUCCAGAUACGCCCAAUGUCUCUGGAGAGGCAACUGAGGUUUUCCGAUAGGAUUUAGUGAUUCCUGCCCUUUCCCAAUGGCAUCACUGGUGGCCAAAGACUCCUACCUGCAGAAUCUAGCCAAGAAAAUCUGUUCCCAGCAGAGUGUGGAACCACAGAAACGGAAAUGGGCUCCCAAAUCUGGUGAUCUAGAAACCACUGGACCUCCAAAGAAAAAGAAGAAGGAGAAGAAGGAGCAGAAAAAGAAAUCCCAGAAGCAGGAUGGAAAGGCCAACAGGAUCCAGAAUAAGUCCUCUGACAGCAAAUCUGAAGCUCCUAGAGCCAAGAACCCUGCCAUCACAAGGGAGCAGGCAGGUUCCAGGCCCAAUGGAGGCCCCACAGUUGUUUCUUCCAGCAAGCCAGUCUCCUUCCUAGCCAUGGAUAUUCUGCGCCAGCGGCUGCAUGAGAAAAUAAAGGAAGCUAGUGGUCAGGGCCACACCAAAGAGCUGUCUCCUGCAGCCCUGGAGAAGAGGCAACGGAGAAAGCAGGAGCGGGAGAGGAAGAAGCGGAAACGCAAGGAGAUCAGGGCCAAGGAGAAGGCGGCCAAGGCCGAAGCUCAAGCUGGAGCCAAGGAGGCUGGCCCAGAGCCCCCACAGGAGGAUCAACCGAGUGUGCCUGAACUGGUGUUUAACAAAUUGGAGGUGAAUGAGGGGCCGAUCAGCAAGGCCCAGAAGAAGAAGGAAAAGAGGCAGCGCGUGAAGGGGAACCUGACCCCUCUGACGGGGAAAAACUACCGACAGCUGUUGGAGCGUGUGCAGGCCCGCAAGAACAAGCUCGAGGAGCUGAAGGAGCAGGAUGAGGAGAAGGCCCGGGAGAUGGAAACCAAAAUGAAGUGGACAAACCUUCUAUACAAGGCCGAAGGCGUGAAAAUCCGGGACAAUGAAGAGCUGCUGAAGGCAGCCUUGAAACGCAAGGAGAAGCGCCGGGCCCAGAGGAAGCGGCAGUGGGAGAAGCGCACGGCCCAUGUGGUGGAGAAGAUGCAGCAGCGGCAGGACAAGCGGCGCAAGAACCUGCGCAAGAAGAAGGUGGCCAAGAUGGAGCGUCGCAAGGCCAAGGCUCGCAAGAAGGGCCGCAUCCUGCCUGAGGACCUAGAGAAAGCCGGGCUCAACUGAGGGGCGGCGAGACUGCCACUGCUCCAGAUCUGUCCUUCCCAAGGGCAGCCACACAUCUCCUUCUGGCUCUGGAUUCCCGCCUAUGGCUGCCCCACACAGCAGAGCGAGAGUCUCGCGUGUUAGUGUCUGCUCUGUGUGGGACGUCAGUCCAGGAACUGGAGAGUCAAUGAGAAAAACUAAAUGCAGUCUGUCUUCCAGAAGUCUCCUAAGACACAGCUCAAAUCUUUCAAAAAGCCUUUGGCUUAAUGCUGUCCUAGCUCUCCAUGCCCAGGGGUGUCUUCUGGUAUCUAUUUUCCUUCCCUUCUUUCCCCUCCAUUCCCCACUUCCCACUAACCUUCAGCCCAUCUCUAGGGCCUCUGAGCCAGGUGACACAAGAGCCCAACAUCUGGCUCAGCGGGGCACAGUGCUCGGAAUGGUGUAUAUGGGCUGACUGCAGGUUCUCCAGUCCUGAGGGGAAUUCACCUAGCUGGUCCAGGAGGGAGGAGUAUAGGGCAGCUCAGGGAUUUCUUAAACUUCUUGAACUCUAGAGAAAGCCAAUAGAAUAGUCUCCUUAUCUACACUUAAUAUUUUUUCUGAAUUUCUUUUUUAUUGUGAACUGGACAAGGAUCAGUAAACAUUUUUUAUAUUUUAAAAAAAAAAAAGAAAUGAUGAUCAUAUAUGAAACCAUGAAUCUCUGUUAUACUUAAAGUUGUAGUGGUUAAGCUUUUUUUUUUUUUUUUUUAAGCUUUUUAUUUACAAGA